AUGAAUUUGGCUGGUAUAGUUUCAUGGUACGAGAAGGUGUUUAAACUGCUGGAUAUAUUUCGGGAUAUCGAGAGGAUAUACUUCCCGCUACUUGCGGCUGUUAGUGUGCCCCUUAAUGUGAUAACUAUUGUAAUCCUUUCUCGUGGACAGUGCGGCCUCUCCAGAUGUGUCACUGUCUACCUUGUGGCCAUGGCAACGGCAGAUCUGCUCGUGGUGAUCCUCGACCUGAUACUGAGACAUAUUCCUGUUCUUUAUCGAGAAAACUUUAUGUUUCUGCAGGAUAUGGGUGCGUGCAACAUUCACGCUGCCCUGCUUUAUGCAGCCACUGACUGCUCCAUCUGGUUCACUGUCGCAUUCACUUUUGAUCGAUCUGUAUCCAUUUGUAACCAGAAGCUGAAAACAAAAUAUUGCACCGAGAAAACUGCUGCUGUAGUUCUGGGCACAGUGACGGUGUUGAGCUGUUUAAAGAACAUAAUCUUGUAUUUUAUGUACAACAAUAGGUAUCGUUUUAUGAAUGAUCCUGUAUUUUGUGGUCUAGAAUUAGGCGAUGCUAAUUUAGAGUUAUGGGCGGCUAUUGAAAUUGCUCACUACAUUCUCACACCCUGUGUCCCAUUUGUACUGAUUCUGCUGCUCAACGUUUUCACUGUCAGACACAUUUUAGUGAACAGCCGAGCCCGCAGGAGACUCCGAGCUCACAGAAUUGGGCACAGUCCCAGAGACACCGAGAUGGAGAGUCGAAGGAAAUCCAUUAUCUUACUGUUUGCUAUUUCUGGCAAUUUCAUUGUGUUGUGGGCAGUAUUUACGGUGACCUCUAUACUUAAGCAAAUUGAACAUUUGGGUGACACAAUCGUGGUACCUGCAUAUUUUCUAGAUUUAGGCUUCAUGCUCCAGCUCCUGAGUUGUUGCACUAACACUGGGAUCUAUGCCGUGACCCAGUCGAGGUUCAGAGGACAAUUGGAGCAAGUGGUGAUAUAUCCCUUUAGACUAUUGGCUAAAUUAACUAAACAGUGA